AUGAUUGACGAUUCCCUCUCCGGCGCCAAAGUGCAGCAUGCACCACCUCCCCAGGAGGCGCGGUACAACAACAAGGAUAUUCCCUUCCUGCCCGAGGAGAUAACCUACAGAGUGAUCGGCUACGUCGUGGGCGACGGGCUGCGUGUCUCGAACGGUGCUAGGUACGACGUCGAUCUAGAGACGAUCCGGUCGUUGCUGAAGACGAGCGUCUCAAUUCGGCGCGAGACUUUACGUCAGGUAUUCCGCCGGCCGCUGCGUUUCUGCCUCAGCGGCGAAAAGACCUGCGACUGCAAGCCGCUGUUGGAGAGUAUCGGGCACAAGGAGUGCCGGUGCACGCUGCUGCUGGAGAAGAUCUUGCGGCUGCCUCUGUCCAAAUGGACCGCGCUUGUCGUGCACUUUACCCCCCUAAUACCUGCGGUGGCAGCGCAGGAGGUUGAGGUUGGUGUUGACGGAGCUGAUGAUCUCCAAGGGGACGAUCAGCAGCAGUCAGAGCAACAAACAUCACGACAGACUGCUGUUGAUGAUGGCGGGUGGGCUGCGCGCGGCGAGUUCCUGGCUGUCGUGCAGCGCGUCAAGCACUAUUCCAGAAGUCUCUCGACGACGCUCUACUUCCUUCUGAAGCAGCGCGCCAACCUGUCCUGCGACGCUGCGUGUUGCGGAGUCAUCGAGAUGUCGCGCCGCCGCCACUACGGUCCGGUGUAUUGCUCUUACGACCCGAAAUUCCCGGCCCUGCCCUUCGACGUCAGCUUCGUCUUUGAGAGUCCCCCGGUCGAUGUCCUUGGCGGCGGCGGCGAGGAUCACACACUAAUACCCCUGUGGACGAUGAACAUGGUCAAUGGCCUCCUAAUGCCAUGGUGGCGCUUCAUCACCAAACGCGGCGUCUCACAACAAAUCAAGCUCCCUUCUUCGAUCGCGGCGGCAUUCACGAUGGGCAGGGACCGCAUCUCGCAGGAAUUCCCACACAAGCCGACCGCAGUGGCGGAGCGGCUGCAGCGCGACUUCGCAGACUUCUGGGCCGUCAAGCCCGGCCUGAUUCCCUCGUACGACGCGGUCAGUCUGUGGCCCUGCGUUGUCAAUUUUGACGGCUCCUUUGAGUGGUACCUGAACCCCGCGCCACUCAAGCAGGCGCCGACGAGGUGGACGAUCCGUGGAGUACCUGUGCUUCGCAUCGUCGUGCCCGAACCUGACCUAGAGGAGCAGGGCGACGGCGGCGACGACUCCGGUGCUCGGUGGACGGGCGAGUUCCUGGCUUCUGAUGGCUAA